AUGGCUGUAGUGAGACCUGCUUGUCUGUCCGGCGUCAUUGGUCGCAAAAUGGCUUCAACACGCAGCAUGAAAGUGAAUCGACUGACGAGAUCUAUCUUAUUUACAUUCAUUUUCGCUAGCUCUGCAUCUGCAAUCUGGGGCUUAUCGUAUUCCAACCCUUCGCGCCAACAACCACUAGCACUCGAACACAAAGAGCAUCAAUCAAUAAUGGAUAAGAUCCUACCUGGUGUUGUCCAGUCACAGAAGACGGCUCCGGACGAUGAUAUGAGCUCGAAAGACAGCAGUAGCCCCAUAAUCGCAGAUGUGCUGCCCAAGACUAAAGGCAUCAAUAUCUUUGCACGGUUGACCCGUGACUUCGAGCCUAUCGCCUCUCGCCUUAACGAUGCAUCCAGGAAUUUCACAGUUCUCGCCCCGCGCAACAGUGCUAUUCAGGCUCUCCCACGGAAGCCUUGGGAGAAUCCAGAGGACUACAAGAAGUUUGGUGAAGUAGACGCAUAUGAGGGCCAGGAUGGUCAAGACCGGGCAAAGCAGAACCUGCAGCGGUUUGUCGAGGCUCAUCUCAUUCCUGCUAGUCCCUGGAGAGUCGGGGAGGAGGUUGAGACACUUGCAGGAGAGAAAGUGAAAUGGACAAAGGAGGGUGACAAGAUCUUCAUCCAGCCCGGCAAUAUUGAGGUUGAUUCGAUUGCGGAGAAGGUACAUAAUGGAGAAGUCUGGAUUCUGAAUGAGGUUAUGAAUUAUCGUCAAUAG